AUGACCAAGACAUGGACCAACUUGAGUUUGAAAGCUGUUUUCGAGUAUGUAGAAGCAAAUAAGCGGCUCAAAAUAAUAUCCCAUUGUCCAACACUGCGUCCUAUCGAAAAGGAAACCCCACUGCAUCUGGAUUGCCUAUCGUUUAGGAAAAAUGAGAUCUGGCUUAACAAAAGAUUCAUACAACCAAAGACAUACAAAUACAGAGCUGUCAAGAAUAUAGAAAGACUCAAAUCAUUCUUGAGAGGAAGGAAGAGUAUCCGGACUAAGGAACUGGAAGUUCUAGAUUUAAGUUGCAUUCCAAGAAAUCUGAAAAUUUAUGUGGAUUCGGUGAACUCUGGAGAUUUGGACUUUUCACUAGUGCUCUCUUUCCUUGAUACAACAUAUAUUGCAUAUGCCGAAAUUGCUGGAAAGUUGGUUAUUCGGGUUAGUGAAGUGAAUAGAGGAACACUGGAAAGGAUGACAGAUGUUUUGUUCAACGCCAGAAACCAAAACAUAAUAUUUGAAAACUUCCGUUUAGAGGCAGAAAGCAUGGCAGUGCUUGUUCAAUCAUGGCAAGAAAACCAAUACGAGAUUGGGAGGAUUUUUACUUCAUAUAUCCAAAACAUAAUAACAGGAUCACCAGGUUUUGUGGAAGACGUACUGGAAAGAUCGAAUGGACAAAAAGUCGUUCUCAAGAGCUGUGAUUGGCCAAGAAUAUUGUAUUCACCGUGCAUUACCUUCCCAUGCAACCCGACAUCUGAGUUGGUUUUGUACAGCUGCAAACGUGAUUACUUCGGACUGAAUCAAACAAAAUUGGAAAUGAUGCCGAUCGGAUCAACUCGCCCAGCUACCAUUCUUGAUUGUGCUAACUGCCACAGAUUAGAUCUACGUCACUCAUCUUCUGCAUAUCCACGUCACUACCUUCAAGACUCAGCAAACAUAUCUCCUCGUCGUGGUUUAGAGACCGUCAUCUCCACCUCUCGUUGUGUACGACACUAUUGCACAGUGUUCGAGUCUUGCAAUUUACUAAAUUCAUGA